AUGGAUUCGGCAGCCGAGUCGCAGCAGGUGCGGGUGAACUUCACCACGACCCUCCCAGAGCUCCAGCUUCCCGAGGGUAAGAGCCAGCUGCUCGUCCCGGGCGACAUCAAGCGAUAUGGCUUGUCUCGCGUGCUCAAUUCCGAGUCCAUGCUCAACACCGACUCCCCCAUCCCCCUCGACUUCCUCGUCAACGGCACCUACCUGCGAACCUCGCUCGAGGACUACCUGAAAGACAACGGCCUGUCCUUCGAAACGACUGUCACCCUGCAGUACGUCAAGAGUCUGAUACCGCCUACCUACCAGGCCAGCUUUGAGCAUGACGACUGGGUAACCGACAUCGACGUCUUGUCCUCGACCUCCCGCGCUGGCCUCUGGACCGGCAGCUCCCUGCCCCAGGGCCAGGACCGCCUCUUGUCUGCCUCCUACGAUGGUCUUUUGAGAAUAUGGAAUGGCUCCGGCCAAGUCAUCGCUACCUCGCCCUCCGCGAGCAAUGGCGGACACAGCGCCGCCAUCAAGUCGGCCAAGUUCCUGAAGUCAUCUCAGAUUGCAUCUGCUGGUCUCGACCGGACCGUCCGUGUAUGGAAGUACACUGAGACGGACGACUUCAGCGGCGAGCUGAAACCUACCCUCGAGCUAUUCGGCCACCAGGCAUCCGUCGAGUCUCUAGACGUGCACACUCCCAGCGGCCGAAUCAUUUCUGCCUCCAAGGAUGGCGCUGUUGGCUUGUGGUCUACAUCCAAAUCCGCAGCACCCGAAGUCCAAGCAAGUCUGUUGCCUGGCGCCGGCUCCAACGUAGCCAAGAAGCGGAAGAUCGCGGCAUCGGCGCCGCAGCGAGGACCUCUAUCUCUGGUGCAGAUCCACAACUCCCCGGCGUCUGCGGCGAUCUUCCACCCCGACGACUCGACCGUAGCGUACUCGGCUUCAGAAGACCACACCAUCAAGACGAUAGAUCUGACAACGUCGCUGGUGGUGAGCUCCCUGACUACCGCACACCCGCUGCUGUCGCUGGCUUCGCUGCCAGGGAUCAGCAACGCAUUGCUGGCAGCUGGCACGUCGGCAAGGCAUAUCACGCUGGUCGACCCGAGGGCAUCCGCGACGACUACAUCCGUCAUGACGCUCCGCGGCCACCGGAAUUUCGUCACCAGCAUCUGCGCCUCGCCCAACGACAACUACUCCCUGGUGUCGGGCUCACACGAUGGAACUUGCAGGAUAUGGGACUUGCGGAGCGUCCGGUCAGGCACCAAGACGGAGGGAGGUGGCAGCGUCAGCGAGUCGGUCUACGUCAUCGAGAGAGACAGCCAGAAGGGCAAGAAGAAGAGGAGCGACGUGCCCGGCGCUGGCUGCAAGGUGUUCAGUGCCGUGUGGGACAAGCACUGGGGUAUUGUGAGCGGAGGCGAGGACAAGCAGGUGCAGAUAAAUAGGGGCAGCGACCUGUUGCUGGCUAAGGAGUAA